UUAACCUGCCCUGUGGAAAAGCAAGAUGAAUAAAGUGUUUUCCCAUUUAAGACGCCCUGGCGUCUCAUGAAGGCUCGCACAAUUUUCGCCGUCAUAACCUCGAGCUAUGGCUCGCCACUUUGUAGUCUGCCUGUUGUCCGUGUCAAUGGCAUGUACGGUCACAGGCAGCACCCUUGCCUCCAGCAGCAGCCUCGGGCAAUCUGCCCAUCAACGAUCUGGUUCUAGCAGCAGCGUGGCGUUAAGCAAUGAUUUCGGAUUGUGGGGUCUGCCGAAUCAGCGACCGCAUCACCUUCGGUGGUCGUCGCCAUCGUCGAUUCGACGUGACUGGUACCAGGAGCAAAUGUGGACCCCGUGGCAGUGGUGGGACCCGCAGCAGAUGUGGAUGCGAUGGCAGAUUCCAGAGUCGUGGCAACAGCAACAGCAGCAAUGGGUCUUCUACUGAUAACUGCGAUUACCAUCGUUAUUAAGACGAUCGCUUUGACAAUGUCAAUAAAGAAGUCAAGGUAUGUCCAGAGAAAGAAUGACAGUUGGAGUCAUUCCACACAUCGAAGGUGGAUGACCAGUGUAGUUAACGGAUUCACUUCCGCCUGUUCUUGUUGUCGACGUUUAAUAAAAGCGCGCUGCUCCUCGGGCGUGGUAACAAUGA